AACGCUCUCCGAACUGACACCCUCACACCCGCUCAAUUCGAAUCACCAUGGCUGACGCACCCAGAGGCGGAGCUGCUGCUCGUGGAGGUGGAUUUGGCUCGCGAGGCGACCGUGGAGGAGACCGUGGUGAUCGAGGCCGUGGACGUGGAAGACGUGGACCUCGUCGCGGUGCGAACAAGAACGAGGAGAAGGAGUGGCAGCCAGUUACCAAACUUGGCCGCCUUGUCAAGGAUGGAAAGAUCAAGUCGAUGGAGGAGAUCUACCUGCACUCUCUGCCCAUCAAGGAGUACCAGAUCGUCGACUUCUUCCUGCCCAAGUUGAAGGAUGAGGUUAUGAAGAUCAAGCCCGUCCAAAAGCAAACUCGUGCCGGUCAACGUACUCGAUUCAAGGCCAUCGUUGUUAUUGGUGAUUCUGAGGGACACGUUGGUCUUGGUAUCAAGACAUCGAAGGAAGUCGCAACUGCCAUCCGUGCCGCUAUCAUCAUCGCCAAGUUGAGCGUUCUGCCGAUCCGAAGAGGUUACUGGGGUACAAACUUGGGUCUUCCUCACUCUCUGCCAACGAAGGAGUCCGGCAAGUGCGGUUCCGUCUCUGUUCGUCUCAUUCCCGCUCCCCGUGGUACCGGUCUCGUCGCAUCACCCGCCGUCAAGCGUCUUCUCCAACUUGCCGGUGUCGAUGACAUCUACACAUCCUCUUCCGGUUCCACUAAGACCCUUGAGAACACCCUCAAGGCCACCUUCGUCGCUGUCGGCAACACAUACGGUUACUUGACCCCCAACCUGUGGAAGGAGACCAAGCUUAUCCGGAGUCCUUUAGAGGAGUUUGGUGAUGUUCUCCGAGCUGGCAAGCGAUACUAGAUGGUGGGAUCUGGAUCGGACUUGCGUCAGGUUGUUUUAUUUGCACAAUGGUGUUUAGCAUGGAGACAAGCUGGGUUCAGUAGCUACGUCUGAUGAAUUGCAGCCUUCCGACCAUUGAGGUUCUCAAAUGUGAUGGAUUGAUGUGAACUGAAUUUGGAAAGAGCCGGGGGCUAGCGAGGUUUUGGCCAUUCCCCAACUGCAGGUAAGAUUGGCCUCUCCCAGAGUUGGAAGGAGCCACCUGAGCGUAACGUCUUUAUUUUGACAAGUGUUUCCGAUUUCUCUCAUCAUCCUCCAUUUUGCCUCCUUUUGGAAUCCCCGGCAAUUUCCAUCCAGUCCCAGACCUUCCCUUGCCUUCAUUGCCUCCAAACCCGUUUUGGACGCAUCAUGCCUUUCCCACGUCGUCUUAGUGGCCGUUUAAUUGCCAUCCUCAG